AUGGCAAAUGCACUCGUUUUGUCUCGUUGCAGUACGGUGCAUGUGCGUCUGUACGGUGCAAGUGGUCACUAGCCUAGACGGCUCACUUGACUCUGAUUACUUAAUCGUUAACUGCAGAUUCCCUACCAUAUCGUUCUGCGUAGUUGGUACUUUAUACAACUGAAUUGUGCGCCCCUUAAGCACUCGUGUUACAGGCAAAGUUAAAGAACUCUGACCAUCGUGGUCUUCAUAAUAUCGCUUGAGGUGUCGGUAUUUCGCAGUCACAUACUUCAAGAUGCCAUGUAGAACUUGCGGUAAAGACUGCAAGUGCUUGCGGAUGAUGAGCAAGCGAGGCUGUGGAUGCCGUCCAUGUGAUUCAGAUUGCACGUGCAGCUGCAACACUAGCUCGAGCAAUCGCACGAUGCCGAACGGAAAGGGAACGAAAGACGGUUGUUCACAGCAAUCUGUGACAGCAGACGGUGGGGUCGGAUGCUGCUGUUCGAAUAACAGCAGUGAAGCACACUCAGCCUAUGCCAUCCAUGGAUUUCAUCAGUUCUCAUUCGUCAUUAAACAGCGUCACUUGGUGGCGUUGAUAUUUUCGGUUCGCUGCCCGUUAGCCGGGUGUGCUCCGAUGAUGCGUACCCUGUACAAGAUUGCGCUAGCAGGGGCCCUAUUCUUCUGUUUGUUUUUCUAUCUAGUGAUCUAUGGAAAGUGCUUUAAGCCCGCCAUAAGCAGCUAUCGGAUUCUGGACGAUCACAACCGCGCGAGGGCGCGCUAUCUGGAGGAACACGAGAAGGAGGUCGAUCGUCCGCGGUAUAUCCUGCUCUACACAAGCUUUUUCGAAGAGGUCCGGUGGGGGUUGCCAUCGGCUACGCUCGGGCCCGAUUACUUUAAAGCGAAACGGUGCCCGGUCAUUAACUGUGUGCUGACGUCUGAUCACGGGCUGGUGAAACCGAUUACGGAGUAUGAUGCGCUAGUCUAUCAUGUUGCCUCACCCUGGAAUGUGGACCCACCGUCGAUACGGGAGGCAAGGCAGAUUUACAUCGCAGCCAUCCAGGAGUCUCCGGCGCACACCAAGCAUCUGUUGAGGCUGGAUACGGACUACUUCAACUGGACCAUGACCUACCGACUGGAUUCGGAUAUAGUGUUCAACUACCGCAGCAUAGUAGACCUGGAGAGUGGUGAGAUGGUGAGUCCAGCGGUCAAGCCGAUCUGGCGCUAUGGCUUUGAUGCGUACAAGAACGCGUCCUUGGUCGAACUUGUCAGCCAGAAGCGUUCGAUGGCUGUUCAGUUUGUUUCGCACUGCGGUGCUAUUUCGAGGCGUGAUCAGUUGGUGCGAUCGUUACAAUCUGCUAGGCUAACAGUGGACGUUUAUGGCGCAUGUGGCAAUCACAAGUGCGCUCGUAACAACCCGGAGUGUGAAAAAAUGCUGGACACGGUUUACUGGUUUUACCUUUCGUUUGAAAACUCGUUGUGCGUUGACUAUGUCACGGAGAAACUGUUCAACGCACUCGAGCACAACAUUGUACCGGUCGUGUACGGUGGUGCCGAUUACACACGUUUUGCACCACCCGGUUCAUACAUCGAUGUGCAGGAUUACGCUUCCGUCGCAGACCUCGUCGACUAUCUGCUCUAUCUGGUUGACAAUCCACAGGAGUACGUAAAGUACUUCUGGUGGAAGGAGCACUACGCCCUCGAUGACUUCUCAUCAGUGUGGUGCCGACUGUGCGAGAAGCUGCAUAGCGUUAGCACCAGGGAAGCAGUACAGUACUAUCGCGAUGUGAAGUCUUGGUGGUAUGAUGAUGUCUGCACGGUCGAGCCGAAGCUUCAAUUCACCUAAAGGGUAAUAGAAACAUCCACAACAAAUGAUUGCCUCGGUCGGUGUUGCCAUCUUAGCUAUUAGAAUGCGAGGGAAAGAUAAGAUCCUUCUCUCAUGAACAUGGCAGCACGCGCUCUCUUCUACCCAGACUACUACAUUAACCUUUAGCAGCAACAGGAAAGGAUUGAGGUGUUUCUAACACAGGGUAUGCGUCACGAUCAUGCCUCGAAGCAUCGAUCUCUUUCUCUUUGACUUACCCACUAGGUGCUCGGUACGCUCGUAUAUUCUCAUUAGUCAGCGUUUCACAUACCUGGCACGGGAUACUAAUAGUAUCCAGCCUGGAUGAGUGGCAAUGGCCUUGCAAUGCCUAUAGGCUAUAGGCCAAUUAUGCUGGCUCUUGUAUGCGCAUCGUUCCGUAUCGUUUCAAUUUUAAGCUGGUUAUUUGUUACACAAAUAAAGAUUCUUUAAUGUA